AUGUUGCUCGCUUUUGCAGUGCCAAUCAUCACUCUAGCAACUCAUGAGGCUUAUGGCUCAGGUAUGGAAAGUUUGUUCGAGGAUAUUAAUAAGGAAUACAACACACAUCUGAAGUGGGAUGAUGACUUGGCAGCUAAGGCAAUGGUGGAAGCUGUUAGGCCACAAUAUCGAUUGUUAUGGAAUGUCGGCCCUAGGCUCUUCACGAAGAGGUACGUGGGACCGCUGGCGGAGAAAGUGCGCUUGGCCCUGUUGAACCCUUUCAAAAAAUAUGUAGAUAAACUUCGUCAACUUCCCGAAGGAACAGCCUACGGAUGUAAUGGAUUUUUCGACACUGAGACGAUGCCAAACGACGACUUCCUUUAUGUGGCCUGUGUCUACAAAACCCCCAACUGA